CGGGGAAGACUACUAUAAAAUAGACGUAUUGGAUGGUAUGCGGCUAAAAUAUAAAUAUCGCCAGUACCCCCCCUCACCUCUCACUUCGUCCCCCCCUUUUCUUUCCUUUGGUUCUUCCUCCCCUCACCAGAAUUCAUAAGGGUCGCAAAGCUUUUCCCAAGGAUAUCUCCAGAUACAUUCGUUCAUCCCCCGAAUAGACUCUGGGAUAGCCCGCCCGGACCCCUGUCAAUCCCUUUUUUUUCUUUUUCAAACUCCUCACACCAAUUCCUUCCUUUGACUCUAUCGUCAACGGAAACCCGAAAUUCACCUCUUACACGCUCUUUUUAUUUUCGUCGCUCUCUAGUCAAUUACCUAUCACUCAUCCCGAACCUAAAUCUACGCUGUCUCGCUUUCUUUCGCUACUUCAAACAACCACCGCCAUCAUGUUCAAACGCUCGUUCCGGUCCGCGGACCGAGUCGACAAGUCGGCGAGGCUGAAGAAAUCUAGCCACAGCAACAAUAACAACAACAACAACACCCACACGGUUCGGGAUCCUCAGAAGCUGUCGAAACUACAGCGGUCGCUCGAGGACACUCUUCCCGUAAAGAAGACCCUCAACUCUCCCAUCGUCACCCUAACCGUCGGUGGAGAAGCGCGGCUGUUUGCGGCCCACGAGGAGGUUCUGGCGCAGUCACCCUUUUUCGAACGGGCGUGCCGGGACCAGUACCUCGGGGCGCAGGGCAAGAGAAUUUCACUUCCGGACGAAGAACCCGAGAUCUUCUCGGCCAUACUCGAAUACCUCUACAAGGGCGACUACUACCCCCGCUUGAUGCACAACAAGCACAGAAACUCUUGGGAGCUCGAGGAUGCCGUGAGAUCCCCCGACCCCUCAGAAAACAACCGAGCUGGUCGCGGAGCUGUCGAGGCCACCAUGCACGUCUCCAGCGUGGGACAAUAUCUCCUGCGGGACACCGUCGUGUACUGCGCCGCCGAUAGGUACGGACUCGAGGAGCUCAAGCGCCUAGCACUUCGGAAGCAAGGGCUGCAGAGCGGAAUCGACGUCGGGACCAUUCUUCGGUCAGCGCAGUACGCCUACGACCACACGCCGGACUCAGACUCGCGACUCCGCGCUCACUAUCUCGCCCUGAUCAUUCGAUGCCGUAAGACGUUCAAGCGGAGCGGAACCAUGCAAGCGGAGAUGGAACGGGGCGGCAAACUAUUCUUCGACCUAUUCGUGGCCAUGUGCAACCACCUUGACGACGUCGUGGAGAUGAGCAAUGCUCGGACCCCUAAGACGAUCUGAAGACUACCGACUUGCUGCAACCACAUGUGAUCACUGAAUCAUAAACAUGGUCGCCCUGGGAAACAAAUACGGCGUUUUUUUGGUUUGUAUCAACUUUUUUGGCGAGGAACGGUCCCCCAGUCACGAAAGAGGUUUAUGAUGAUUUUUUUGGACUUUUACCUUGUCUUUGGCUUCUUCCCUCAAUCACAACCUCUCCCAGAUACCUACAUAUGCAUCAUCAGAUUGGAACACCAUUUGGGAGAAAACAAAAAAAGCAAAGAAAAGAAAAGAAGAAAAAAAAAGCAACUCCACUUCUC